AUGCCCAACACCCGAGCCAUCAAAUUCAACAUCACCCACCACCAUCCCUCCCUCAUGAGUCCCGGGUACUGGUUCGUAGCCCCAUACUGGUACUUCGAGCCCGAUGCCCCGGACGGAAAAUACGUGCCUUGCCAAGUUGGUCCGCACAUCUAUGAUGGAAACGGCACUCUCAUUUGGACGGGAUCGUGUCUGCACCAUAACAGGAAUAUAUUUGACUUUCGAGCUACUCAUCAAUGGUAUGAUGAGGGGACCCGACUGUCGUUUAUUAUGCAGCAGAGCUAUGUUAAUGAUGGGUCCCUGCUGAGUAAAGGGGCCGGUUAUGUUCUGAAUGACAGGUAUGAGGUGGAAACGGAGAUGCUUGUGACGAAUGACCUGGAGCAGUUUGAUCUUCAUGAGUUUAAUAUUCUCCCUGGGGGACAGACGGCGCUGGCGGCUGCGCUGCGGAUUCGUGACAUGUCCUUGACGGAGUUGGGGCGGCCGAUGGAGUCGAGUCGAGUGGCGUCGGGUGGGUUUGUUGAGAUUGACCUGGCCACUGGAAACGUGUUGUUUGAUUGGGACUCGCGAGAACGUAUUCCUCUGCAUGAGUCGGAUCAUGUCAUGCCUUGGUCCCCGGCUGAGGGUGGCGGUGGCUUGGACUAUAUCCAUGUCAAUGCGGUUGAUAAGAACACCAAUGGGGAUUAUCUCAUGUCAGCACGGUACACGAGUACCAUUUAUCUGAUCUCCGGACAGGACGGACGGAUUCUGUGGCGACUGGGCGGGAAAUACUCCGAUUUUGUCAUGGACUUUACCUUUUCGAAACAGCAUAAUGCCCGGUUUGUUUCUGUGAAUGAGACACAUACCGUCCUGUCGUUUCUGAAUAAUGCUGCGGAUGAUUUUACGAACCAGGAGACCGUGUCAUCUGCGAUGAUUGUCCAGCUGGAUACGGUUCAUCGAACCGCCACGGUUCUACAGCGUAUCACCCGCCCAGAUGGGGGAUUGAGUCGCAUGCGCGGCAAUUUCCAGCUCCUCGACACGGGGAAUCGGUUCGUGGGUUGGAGUGGGCAGGGAUAUCACAGCGAACAUACCCCUGAUGGCACCGUGGUCAUGGAGGCAAGGUUUGUCUCGCCGCGCUUCAACAGCUAUCGAUCGUACAAGUUCCCCUUUCGAGGGAAUCCGCAACAGCCCCCGGCCCUGGUGGCCUCGGUGUAUGGCAGUGACGGGGAAUAUACUACCGUCGUGCAUGUUAGCUGGAAUGGGGCCACUGAGGUUGCACGCUGGAAUUUCUAUGCCCAGCUGGAUGAGACGGCGCCGAUCGUUCCCGCUGGCAAUGUGACCAAGCUAGACUUUGAGACGGUGUUUGUGGCGAGGGGAUUCCUGGAUUGGGUGUCGGCUGAAGCAAUUGAUCGGGAGGGUCGCUCGUUGGGAUGGUCGGUGGUUACUCGGACACAGGUGCAGGGGGAAUUGCGAUAUGGCGGCUUGGAGAGACCCGAGUCUAUGCUGGUGCCUGAUGUGCCAGUGGUGGUGGAUGAGCCAGUGAUCGUUGAGGAUCCCCCGGCCAGCCUGGCCGACUCUGGGGACAAUCCUCCACAAUCGGUCUCCCGGACGGUGAACGGCGCUGUGAUGGGAGUCAUCCUGCUAGCCGGGGUGGGAGUCGUAGUGGUGGUGAAGGAUAGAUGCUUUUCUUUUUUGAGUAAGAUUCAACCAGCAAUAUAUACUAGACUUCCAACAUUUUAUAGACACCAACCUCCCACCUAA